CUUCCGUUGUGUAGUAGAAUGGCAUACAGGACUUCAACCUACCAUUCACAACCAGUCCCAAUAUAAAUAUUAACCAUCCCUGCACUUCACGUUUCUCAACCCUCUCAUCGCUGCAAUGGCUUCAAGCAACACUGAGAUAGCCCACGAGUUUCCACCAUUUUUCAGAGUAUUCAAAGAUGGCCGCGUGGAGAAGUUGAUGAUCCCUCAUGAUCCCCCACCCCUUCAUCCCAAACCCGGCGUUGAAUACAAAGACGUCGUCAUCUCGUCGGAAACCGGCGUAUCGGCCCGAGUGUUUUUCCCCAAAAUAGACGGCCCGGAUCAAAAGCUGCCCCUCCUCAUCCACUACCACGGUGGGGGCUUCUGCGCCGGAUCACCCUUCGACAGCGUCACUCACAAUUACCUCACCUCCCUCGUCGCCGCCGCCAAUCUGAUCGCCGUCUCCGUCGACUACAGGCUCGCGCCGGAGCACCCUCUCCCCAUCGCAUACGACGACUCCUGGGCCGCGCUGCAGUGGAUCUCCUCCCACGCAAAUGGGUCAGGACCCGAACCUCUCUUCAACAACCACGUUGACUUCGGGCGGGUUUUUUUGGUGGGUGAGAGCGCCGGCGCGAACAUAGCCCAGCACGUGGCAGUCCGAGCUGGAGUCACCGGAUUGGGUGGUGUCAAGCCUGUUGGAUUGAUUUUAGCGCACCCCUUUUUCGUGGGCAAAGAGCCCGAUAAAAUGAUCGAGUUUUUGUACCCUAGUUGUAGCAGGGUUAACGACGACCCGAAACUAAACCCGACUGUGGAUCCGAAUUUGUCGAAAAUGAGUUGUGAGAGGGUGCUUGUAUUCGUGGCAGAAAAGGAUUGGCUGAAAAGUAGGGGUGUAGGUUACUGUGAGACCUUGGGUAAGAGUGGUUGGACAGGGGCGGUGGAGCUCAUGGAGAACGAAGGAGAAGAUCAUUGCUUCCAUCUGUUCAACUCCGACAGUGAAAAGGCUGAGAUGCUGAUGAAACGCACCGUUUCAUUCAUAAAUCAGGAGUGAGCUCCCUUUGGGUAUACUUGUAUCUCUGUGAACCUACAAUAAUGUUAUCAUUUAUCCCUAAUUUAAAUUAUAUGGAGGGUAAAAAGGUAAAUUCAGUGGCCUUUAAAGGCUUUGAAUUUAGUGGAUAAAAUCUCCUAUCUGAUAAAUAAUGUUUCAAUCAUUUCUCAACUAUUAUUCAUCAUUA